AUGACGCUGCUCUACAGCAGCGCUCUGCUGCGGGCGCUCGCGCUCGCGCUGGCCGUAAGCCCCGCCAUCGCCGACGUGUCCUUCCGCAUCCUGCACUUCAACGACGUGCACGGCCGCGUGGAGCCCGCCAGCAGGUUCCAGAGCCCCUGCAGCGGGGAGGACUUGGAGAGCGGGGCGUGCUUCGGCGGCUUCGCCAAAAUUGCGACGGUGAUCAAGCGGGAGAGGGCCAGCGGCGACGUGCUGGUCCUGGAUGCCGGCGACCAGUUCCUGGGCACCAUCUGGACGACGGUGUACAUGGGUAAAGCCACGUCGAGUUUCCAGAACGCGCUGGAGGUGGACGCCAUGUGCCUGGGCAACCACGAGUUCGACUUCGGGCCAGGCGUCCUGGGGACGUACCUGGACAGGCUGAACUUCCCGGUUGUGGACGCCAACAUUGACGCUUCGGCGGAGCCGGAGCUGGACGGGAAGAUCGUGAACAGCGUCAAGGUGGAGGUCGCGGGGACGACGGUGGGCAUCGUAGGGUUCAUCACCCCUGAGACGCCGUUCCUGUCCAUGCCCGGGGACAACGUCGUCUUCCUGGAGAAUCUGACCACCGUGGUGCAGGACGAGAUCGACAAGCUGAAGGGGGAGGGGGUGGCAAUUAUCAUAGGCCUGAGCCACAUCGGCUUCCCGGUGGACGUGGAACUCAUGUCCACCCUGUCCGGCCUGGGCGUGGUCGUUGGCGGUCACACGCACACUAAGCUUGAGGGAGAUGAGUACCCGACGAUUGUGGCCGACAAGGACGGGAACGACGUCGCCGUGGUGCAGGCCUUCUGGGCGACCAACCUGGUGGGCCUCCUGGACGUGACUUUCAGCGACGAGGGCGUGCUGCUCUCGGCGGAGGGCGCGCCGGCGAUCCUGGGGGACAAUGCGACUGACACCGAGACCUUCGUGGAGGAUGACCAGGACAUGCUGGACUUGAUUGGAAUGUACAAAGGCGACGUGGAGGCGUUCCGAAACCUUGUGGUAGGCGAAUCGGCCGUGUUUCUGGACGGCGAGCGGCAGAACGUGCGGAACAAGGAGACGAACUUGGGCAGCAUGAUCUGCGACGCCAUGGUGUGGUACAUUAAGAACACCACCAGCUUCGAGGAGAAUUUCGGACGGCUUGAGGCGUGCCUCACCAACGGGGGCGGCAUCAGGGCCUCGAUUGACGAAGGGCCCGUGACGUUCGAAGAGGUCGUCACCGUCCUUCCGUUUGGGAACGUGCUGUCCGUGGUCAAGCUCACUCCGCCCAUGCUGUACGAGGCCCUCGAGAACGGCGUCAGGCAAUGGGAAGAAGGAUCUGCGGAAGGGGAAUUCCCGCAAGUUGGUGGGAUGAAGUUCACUUUUUGUGAGGAGAACCCCGACGGAGCGAGGGUGGAUUCGGUGGAAGUCUUCGACGGCGGCGCUUUUGUGCCCAUUUCCAGAGAUGCUGAUGAGCCUGCGGUCAACGUGGUGGUGAACAACUUCAUUGCAGGCGGUGGUGACAAGUACACCGUCCUGCAGGAGGGCGAGCAAGUGUUUCCGUUGGGCCCUCCGAUGGACAAUGCCUUGCAAGAUUACAUCACCGCAUUCUCGCCGGUCGCUCCAGGGACUGAAGGUCGGAUACAGAACAUCUGCCUGUCCGGCUGA